UCUAUUCAACUUUUCGGAACUUUUAUUCAUCUUUUCAAAACAUCUAUUCACAUUUUUAGAACUUCUGACCAACCUUAUCGGGAUUUUAUUCAUGAGCCGAAAACUCCUAUUCAAACAAUUUCGGAACUUCUAUUUAAGAAUCGGAACUUUCUAUUCAAGCACUUUCGGAAAACUUCUAUUCAAGAUGCGGAACUUCUAUUCAACUACUUUCGAAAAACUUCGGCACCGUGCAAAAGUCCAGACAGAUCACAUGAGGCAGAAUUAGUUCAUAUUGGUUGCAUUGAUGAUGGACAACGUUAUAAAGAGUAUUGUGCAAGAGGAGUUAAAAAAAGCUAUGGAACCGUCAACAUCAAAAACCGCAGCGGUGACAUUACAACCAAAAAAGAAAACUGAAGGUCGAUUGAACAAUCUCCUGUCGAAAAUCAGGAGCAGUGGUAGUGUUAGUAACUCAUCAAAAAAGAAGGUAAAAACAAAAAAGUUUCAACUAAAAUGGUCAAGAUAUGAUGCAUUUAAGGAACAGUUCCAGAUUGUUAAGUCAGGAGAUGGUGGAGGCUACAGGUUCUUGAAGGUUGAGGAAGGACAACCUAAAACAGUUGAAGCAUUAAAGGCUGAUGCAGUCAAGCUAUACUUUGAUAAGGAUGGAAGAAAUAGCUUUUCAGAGCACGAAUCAGAAUGUUAUCUAGCUUUGUGUGGCCCUGAUGGUGAAGAAUUGUUAGAGGACCUUGAUAUUUGGACAUAUUUGGAUAAAAAAGGUUUAUUCCUCAGUAAAUGUGUUUUUAUAUUGUCAACUAAAUUCAUGGAUUAUGAUGAAUUCACAAAUCCACACGAAAAUGAGCCACAUAUAUGUCAUGAAACAUCAUUUAAUGUUAAGCCAAAUGAAAGUGUGGCAUCAGGGGAGGCAUCUAAAAGACGAAUAUGUUCAACGUGUGCGUGUACAUACACUGGAACAGAAUGUCUGAUUUGUUUACAGAAUUCAGAGUUCAAUGCUUCUAACGCAGCAGACACAACCAAAUCUCAAGAUCUUUUUUAUUCUGAAUUUUUCACACCUUUAAGUCCUGUGUUAGAAGAAGAGCAGUACACUGCUCCAUCGCUUCAGAUGUUGAGAGAAAUUAGAGUGAGAAAUUUGGAAAACAAUAACACUUCUGAAGAGAAUCCCCUCAAUGAUGCAGCAAUCAACACAACAUUUGAAAAAAAGUGCUAUCAUUUUGAUAUUCAUCGUUUGACGCUACGAUCUGAUCUAAUUGAAAUUUUCAAGAACAAAGAGAUCCAUCAACAAGACUUAGUUACGUUUGGAUGGAUAGAUCCUCGUGGGAAUAAGGAAAAAGGCUGUGGGAGUGGUGUAUCCAGAGAUGUCUACUCUUCCUUUUGGAGGGAUGUGAGUGAUUCCUUAUUCAUUGGAGAAAAGGAAAGAGUGCCAUACGUCAGACAUGACCUUUACAAGGCAGAAUGGGAAGCAAUUGGGAAAAUAAUCUUAAAGGGAUACGUUGAUACCCAAUAUUUCCCAAUCUUCAUUAGCAAAGCCUUUCUUGAGUUUUGUUUAUUUGGGGAAGUCUCUAAUGAAGUCCUUUUGGAAUCUUUUUCAAACUACCUAUCUGAAGAUGAACGAAACUUGAUGAACAUUGUAAUUGAUGGUGAUAACAUUGCUAUUAAAUCUGAUGAAUUUUUGGAAUUUAUGGAGCAGUUCAGUUGUCGAACAUUGGUCAAACAAGAGAAUGUUAAAAUUGUUAUAAUUGAAAUAGCACGACAAGAACUUGUGCAAAAACCACACUUAAUGGCAUCUAGUUGGCAAAAUGCUUUUAAAAACAUGAAAGAAAUGUCAAUAUUUUCAUCGUCACAAGCGAUCUCACAGUUUUACAAGGACAUGGAACCAUCGUCCAAAAAAAUUAUCAAUUUGUUUACGAAUGUGUUACCAACAAAUAGUGCAGAAACUGACGCUUUCAAUUACCUCAAAAGAUAUAUCCGAGGACUAGAUCCGGCACAAACGAAAAAGCUUUUAAAAUUUUUAACUGGUUCCGACCUUUUAACAGUUGAAUACAUUGAACUCAGCUUUAUUCAACCAGAAAAUAAUUUUGAACGUAGACCUAUUGCUCACACUUGUUCACCUUGCUUGGAAUUGCCUUCCACAUAUAAUAACUACUGUGAAUUACGUGAAGAAUUUAGAAACAUUUUAAAUCUCUCUGAAUGGGAAAUGGAUAUUAUGUAAUCUGAUUGUGGUAGUGGUCGUAAAAAGACGCUUUGACUAAUUGUGUUGACAUUUUAUGUAUAUUUUUCAGGGUUUUUUUUAUUGCUUUUACAUUUUAUAUUGGCAAUACGCAUCUUUUUUUAUUAUGUUUAUCAUUUUCAGUAGUUUUUUGUGAAAAGUAUUAUUCUGUUAAAAUAUGUUCUGGAAACAUAUGUUUUAUUCAAAA